AUGGUGGAGCUCAAAGAUCAAGACAUGGGAGAAGGGAUGCAAUGCAUAACACAUCCUUACACGAAAAACGCAGGUGGGAUCUGUGCAUUGUGUCUCCAGGAGAAGCUUGGCAAGCUUGUCACUUCCUCUUUCCCUCUCCCUAAACCCACCACACACCUCUCUUCUUCCUCUCCUCCUCCUAAACCAUUCUCUUCUUCUUCCACCGCUCUCUCCCUCUCAUCGGGAAAAGACUCCACAAACAAUCUCCCGUUCCUGCUGGCCAAGAAGAAGAAGAGCAUGCUCGCUGCAGCUUCCUCAUCUUCUUCUUCCUCGUCUUCUUCCUCUUCUUCUGCUAAUCUUAUCUACAAGAGGAGCAAGUCCACAGCGGCUGCUUACGGUGAGGGUUUCAGCCAGAGGAAACGAAGUGGCUUCUGGUCAUUUCUUCAUCUCUACUCUUCCUCCAAACACCAAAUCGCCACCACCACCAAGAAGAUCGACAACUUCAGCCAUUCUUCAAGAUCAAGAAACCAGAUCGAAAACGGCAAGAACCAGCGGACAGAGACAGUAGAGACGUCGAGGAGAGUAGUUGGUGGAGGCAUUGAUGUGAUUGCGGAGGAGGAAGAAGAUAAGAGCCCUAGUGGUGACAAAGUGGUUUCAGAAACGCCAACAAACAGUAUUGGUGGUAGCGGUGGAUCGUCUUUUGGGAGGAAAGUGUUGAGAUCUAGAUCUGUUGGCUGUGGAAGCAGAAGCUUCUCUGGAGAUUUCUUCGAGAGGAUUGGUUUUGGUGAUUGCGCCUUGAGAAGGAUUGAGUCACAGAGAGAGCCCACAAAGGUCAUUAGUAAUGGUGGUGGUGACGAUGCAGCCAAUGCCAUGAGUGAAAUGGUGAAAUGUGGUGGCAUCUUUGGUGGGUUUAUGAUCAUGACAUCAUCUUCUUCUUCAUCAUCAUCAUCAACUGUUGAUCAUCAUCAUCAUAAUCAUAAUACUAAUACUAAUAAGAUGGGGAAUAGAAGCUGGGGAUGGGCUUUUGCAAGUCCAAUGAGAGCCAAGACUACUCCUAGAGGUCGUACUAUCACAGAGUCUACAACGGACAAGAACACACCUCCAAAUUUGGACUCAACUCCUUCAUUGUUGGCUUUGAGAAGCUAA